UUUAUCUCUUCGGGAAACAACCCUAUCACAUCGCGGGAAUUUGGUGAUGAUAUGGGGUUGCCAUGCUCCCAGCCAUGCGCUCCCCAGAUACAAUGCGGAGAAGUGGGAACCAGCUUAUCUGGACGGGCUUAUGAGUGUUCGAGAUAGGAAGGAGGAGGGAGACCCUUAGCCGAUGAUACGGAGGAAUUCCUGCCAUCGCCAUUGGAUGCAUCAUCUGUCGUAAUGGCCAUGACCAAUAUACUCCAACUCCAACGCCAUCGACGGAGGUUGUCCUCGGAAGGCGUGAUCCAACCGAGGCGAUGGAAUAAGAUGAGGACGUGCUUAAACCAGGCCAAGUAUCCCAUCUCCUUUCCUCUUGACUUUUCCUAUCUUCAAUUUCCACCAUCAACCACCUCCCCUUCACCAUGGCCAUAACCGCUCACACCACACCCACGAUCGAAGAGGUCAAGGCCUCUGCAGAUGCGGCCGUCAAAUCCCUUCAGAAUGAACUCCGUGAGCUCAAUCGCGAGAUCUGGUCGAAUCCCGAAACAGCAUACGAGGAACACCGCGCGCACGACACAAUCUGCACAUUCCUCGAAAAGCGCGGCUUUGCCGUAACCCGACAUGCGUACGGCCUGGCAACCUCCUUUGAAGCCCUCAGCGGCUCCGGCGGUCCGCUCAUCAACUUCAACGCGGAGUACGAUGCUCUCCCGGAUAUCGGGCACGCCUGUGGGCACAACCUUAUCACGACGAGUAGUGUCACGGCGUUCCUGACGCUUUCUGCUCUGUUAAAAGAGUACGGGAUCCCCGGGCGGACACAGCUUCUGGGGACUCCCGCUGAGGAGAAUGGAGGUGGGAAGGCGAAACUGAUUGACAAGGGGGCUUAUCAGGGUGUUGAUGUUUCUCUCAUGGCCCACGCCGGCCCCAAAGAAAUAUUCCCCGGCGUCAGCGGCGUCGCGGGGCUUCGCAUGAAUGCCCGAAAGGAGCUCCACGUCAAAUACAGUGGUAAAAGCGCGCACGCCGGCGGAAACCCCUGGGACGGCGUAAACGCCCUCGACGCACUGGUAACCUCGUACAACAAUGUCUCGGUGCUGCGACAGCAAAUGCAGCCCGAUGAGCGGGCGCACUGUGCGUUCUUGGACACGCCCAAGGUUGCGAAUGUCAUUCCGGAUACGACGAGAGCGUAUUGGCAGGUGCGGAGUCCGACGCUCAAAGGGCUGAAUUCGCUCAUGGGCCGGGUGAGGAAAUGUGUUGAGGCCGGGGCUGUUGCGACGGGGUGUGAGGUUGAGAUUGUUGAGAACGAACUGUAUACCGACAUCAAAAUCAACAGUACCCUCUGUGAGCGGUAUGCCGCGCACAUGGGCUCGUACGGGCGCGGCGUGCUAGCACAACACGAAAAGGUGCUGACGGGGUCAUCGGAUAUUGGGAAUGUCAGUUACGUUGUCCCCACGUUGCACACGAUGUUCGGUCUUCCGGAUGCAGACGGCAUUUUCCCACAUCAUGCAUCUUUUGCGGCAGCCGCGGGGACCGAUAGCUCGCAUGAGGAGGCUGUUGUCGUAGGCAAGUCGUUGGCUUUGAUCGGAUGGGAGAUGGUGAACGACCAGGCAACUUUGGAGCAGGCCAGGAGCAAUUUCAGGGAGGCCAUCAAGGAGUAGCUGCUCAUGUAGCCAUUUUGUCAAUCAACAAACAAAUGCAGUAUUCUCCGGUAAACGUAGAAAAUUCUAGUCAGGUAGACCAGGAUCCCCCGAC